UUGCUCCUUUCCGCGCCGGCGUGUCGGUGCAGCGUACCCACGCGCGGACACUGGGCCACGUGGACGUUUGCGUGGGCGCUCUUCGAGGCAUUUAGUCGAGGUCGGAGCUAUCACCUGCGACAUCGCGGCCAGCGUUUCGAGAACCACCGAAAGCACUCGACGAUUCUCGGAGAAGAUCGGCCAGGGUGGUUCCCGGGUGAACGAGGGGAAAGCGAGGACCGGCGUACAUCGCCGUCUUGAAAUGCCCCUCGCUCAACGAGAAGAGUUAUCUCCGAGAGGAGGCUGUGAGUGAUCUACUCUUCUUCCGCGGUAUAAGGAGUUAAGGAGUUAACUGCCGUCACUUUGACGCCAGACUUCCACUUAACUCAAAAGCAGCCAGGCAAUAUGCCAGUGUACGUAAAGCUUAAUUCGAGUUACCAUGCUCCGCAAGGUCGGGAACGUUGGCUUGAUAAGCGUUUUUCACAAUUGAGGCGGUUAAGCAGCCGAGACGUAAGUUACGAACCUAACAAGUUGGAAUGUUCUUUCUCUGUGAGUUUUAUCCUUUCUUAGAAAAAUCCAACGAUCGAUGUACUCCGGACGACGUGAGGUUGCGGUCAGACGAUUUUCCGAGACACUCGGCCAGAGUAUCGAAAAGUCUUUUGACAAAAGAACCGCAUCAAUUCAAGAUUGGAUCCCGAGUGGUGUGGGGCGUGCGCCUGAGCGACAAGAUCAUCCUUCAGCGCGUGUCCGAAACUGGUAGAACCGAGGGAGAGAGAGAGCAGUUUCAUCGUCGAACGGUUCUGGGGAAGUUCGUCGACUAUCCGAGAAGAUUAACGAAUAGUGGAUGUACAGCUUCUAAGGGAACUGAAAGAGUAGAGAUGGUUAACGAUCAAUCUCCUGGACGCCUAUUAGCAAACUUUCGGACCCGCGCAAUCGCCGUUUCUUUCGAAAGUCAGCGUCUCGGCAUUUGUUCUACGUAUUCGUCGAGUAUCGAGCGGAAGGGAGUAACUGGUAAACUGUAUUCGGGCGAAUGCCGAACACAGGGUGGACCCAUCUCCUGGCCUCCAGCCUCGCCCGUGGCGCCACCUGUGUGUGCAGACCGCAACCCGUGCGAGACCGGCCGAUCGCACAAAGGCACUUUCUUUAAUUGAAUCGCUGGGCCAGGCGCACGGCUAGACACACGAGGAAGCGAUUCUCGUGUAAUUGAAUUACGUGCAUCGAAUACGCGCCUGCUUGCACCCAACUACGAGGUGCCGUCGCCCUCUAUCGUCGAUCUGAGUAUGUUACUUUCUCACGGGAUGUGCUUUGAUUGAAUUCCUUAAUGGUUUUAAAUCACUUUCAAACUCGUUAAAGUUAAAAACCCGAAGUUUCACGCUCGUUUACAGAGCGUCUUUCGUCUAGCGUGAACUUUAUUGCUGUCAGGUACUUUAUAAAUGUUUUUACAUAACACCGCAAAUACUGAAGAAUUAAAAAUUUAAGGUUACUACGGUGACGAAUACAAUAACGGUCAUUCAUAUAUGUGGAGAUGUAUAUGGGUAUUGUGAUCGAAAAAUACGACGUUAGUAGUUCACCAUGUGCCCUUUUCAAGUGCAUAUUGCAACGAUAUUUUUGUAAAUUACCAAGGAUAUAUACGUAUGAUAAAUUUCAAUCAAAUAUGUUUCAUUCCGCCCGUAAAAAGAAGUUGGAGAAACAACGUCAUCGAAUUCGUCAAUCGUGCAUGUUGAACCGUAUAUCGUGAAAUCGAUUAACUUUACACCAGUAGCUAUUUUUAACUGAAAAAAAAUCAGUUAUUGAGAGAUUUAUUUGGGCUUGAAUUUAUAACGCACCAUGCAGUGUUUACCGGUGCAUAUUUUUAAUACCCGUCACAGAUUAAAAUUGUCAGUCUCGGGUGAAUUUAAUUUUCCCUCGCAACUUCACGAAUGACAGAAAAAUCCUCCAAUUAAACCGGAAAAUGGAGAAUGUGAACAUGAAAAUCUCUCUCUUGAAUGUGAACGUGGAAAUGGAAAAGGCCGGAAUUAAAAACAGUAAUGGAAAACCCUAAGAUUAAAACCAUCCCGGGUUAAACAGCUUUCUGCCUCAGAGAAAAAUCCAGCAGUAGUUACACAUUUACUUUUUAAACUACUUGAACCGAAAGAAGCUUUCUCGUAUACAUACCCUCUGAUGUAUUAUUAAUGUCACUAAAUUAAAAGUAUCAAAGUAAGUAUGUAAAUGGCCAGCAAUUUACGGAAGAAGCUCAUAUAUGAGCUCAUAACUCUGUGACUUUGUUUUCGCACAAGUAUUCCAAGCUUUUAA